AUGUCUCGAUCUACAGUCGUCCAGUGCACCCCUCAUCGGCAUUCGGAUCUUAAAUUCGUCAUCGCCGAUCAGCCUGAUUUGCUAAAAGCCGAUUCAAGUGUCAGGUCACAUAUCUCCAAGCGGGGCUGGAAAGCUUACACCAAACCCGGCCGACCAAAGGGACGUCGGGGACGGGAUAAGGAACAGAAAGUUGUUUUUGAAUGUGUCAGCCAAGAUGCCGAUCACCCCUGUUGGCAAUUACCUCUCGUCGAAAGGCAGUUCGGCGGCGGCCGGGUCGAUCCCUUCAGAACCUAUCCUGGUCCUUGGAACCCGCAGGUCCCUGGUCUUGUGGACCACUAUCUCGUGCACAUGGCAGUGGAUAUCCCGGAGUUAGACCAACCCGGAAACAAAGGUCUUCUCCGCACGAGCUGGUUCCCCCUAGUGCUCUCCGAUGAGGCACCCUUUCAAACCGUCAUGCUACUUUCCGCGGCAAAUAAGUCAUCGGUCUCUGGUACCUCCAUCCCGCCAAAUUAUAUCCUGCAGCUUCGCCUCCAGGCCAUCUCGUCGAUCAAUGCAUUGAUGGCUACACGUGAUGACACGAGCGAUGCUCUUAUCGGGGCCGUUGCAAAGAUGGCUAGUUUCGAGGCGAUGCACGGAGGUAUCGAGUCGUACCGAAUACACAUGCGGGGGCUGUAUGAUAUGGUUGAGAAAAGAAGCGGUCUGGAUUCACUGGGUCUGAAUGGACUUCUACGCCGAAUUAUUAUCUGGAUUGACAUCAAUUCGUCCUUUCUUCUGCAGAUUCCGCGUUGGUAUCCAGAUGAAUAUUUUACAGACGGUGGGGACUUGGUAGAACCUAACCCAGAAAGGUUUAUCGCACCGUAG